AGACCUAUACUUGGCUCUGUCUCCACCUUUCACACAGAAACUUUCCUGAACGGGUACGCCCAGAUCCUUGGUAUCUUGUCGAAACCGCUUAUAUCAUAUAUUGUCUGCUGCGUCUUCACGAGUGCUUCUAAAAUGCAAUGUUUGGGAAAGUCCUUUACACUUUUUGUAAUCUUCCUACUCGGUGACUUGAGCUUUACGCACGGUGGACAUGUGCUCGUGCUGCCGGGAGAAUACAGCCACUGGUCCAACAUGCGCAACAUUGUGGACGAACUGUUGAACCGCAAUCACAGAGUGACGGUUCUGGUCAACUCAGCCUCGCCAACAAUAAACUUCACACAGCAGGAGAGGUUUCAGUAUCUGGUGUUUGACGUGCCUCUGAAGGCGCACGAGGUGCACGGUCUGAGCGAACAGCUUCUUGAUAUCUGGUUGCAGUAUCCCGCACCAAGUAAGGUCCAAAUCGGUCUCCAGAUCAUCGAUCUGCUGGGGAAAGUACGCGAAAUGCACCGGACUAUGUGCGACUGCAUGCUGCGUAACGAAACGCUUAUCAGUCGCUUGACGGCUUUAAAGUUUGAUGUGCUUUUAUACGAUCCCAUGAACAUGUGCAGUGACUUGCUGGCAGAGAUUCUGGACCUGCCUGUCGUGCUUUCCCUUCGCAUUUCUUUGGGGUUUUCAAUGGAGAGGAUGUGUGGACAGAUGCCCUCACCGCCCUCUUAUGUACCGGUUCCUCCGACGGAGAUGACCGAUCACAUGAGCUUCAUGGAAAGAGUGAAAAAUAUGAUUGUGUAUGUCGUUUAUUCAUUUGCGUUUCGGAUGGCCUCGAUGACUUUGGAUAAUUACUACAGUGAAGUAUUAGACAUCACCAUUUUCAUGCCAGCAUAGAAAACAUGUUCAUGGCUCCCAGCAUGCUGUAUUUUUUCUUUUUUUUGAUUGUCAC